CCCGGUAGUAGCCACCUUGGGUGCAGGGAGGAAAUGGGGUCUGUGGCCUCUCUGGCUUUUGGCCUGGACUCGUGGGGCUGGCAGGGCCCAUCCUAGCCCCGGUGGAAGGCAGGGAGCUAGGGCAGGGGCUAGGGUGAACGGAGGCAGCCCCCAGGGCUGGCAAUGUGGGAUCUGUGAGGUUGCUGAGUGUCUCCGCCUCCAGCUACAAGGAGCUGGUUCCUGCCCACAUCCUGCCCCGGGGGCAGAGAGUGGCAGCUGCACACCCAGGCAGUGGGGGCAGGGUGCCCUGGGGCCCUGGGCCCAGCCUGCACCCAGUGCCUGAAGUGGGGGUCGCUGUGCAGACUUGGAGCAGGGAGGGAGGAGAGCAGACACGUGGUUGUGGCUCACCUCCAGGCAGCACCAGAGGCACCUGCCGCUGGUGGGUUUUGGAGGGGCUCAGUGCGUCCUGGAGCCCUGGUGCUCUGGGAGGCUUGCGGGCCACCCCAAAUACCAAUCCCAGCAAAGCCAGCUGAGGGCCUGUGUUUGUGAGAGGAGUGCCUGCCGUCCAGCUGCUGCCGCCCGCUCCUGCCUGCUGAGACACACGCUGAAUCAUAGAUUAAGAGCUGAAAUGGCCCCUAGAGGUCAUUGGGGGUCCAGACACCUUCUGUUCCAAUGAGGAAACUGAGGCCCAGAAAGGAAAGCCAUUCUUGCCCAUAGUCCACCAGCGAGUCCUGGGGGACGUCCCCUGGCUUAGCAACUGCUUUCUGCCUGGCAGCAAGCUUGAGUCAGUUGUUCCUGUGUCGGUCGGCCAGGCAGAGGAGCAGGUGGGUGGAGGGCAGGGAGCAGGGCAACUCCCUCAGCGCAAGGAGUUCGCAGGCAGCUGCUGUGCCGGCCCCACCCUGAUGUGCAGCUGGCUGUCACGGGCACCUGGAGGCAGGAGCUCAGAAGCAGCCUGAGAGAACUUACCCUCUGCUGGAGGUGGAAUGCAGGAACAAGGUGGCGCCCCAGGCCCCUGAAGGUCUAAGCUCCAGUCUCUGGCCUGCCUCAUGACUAGGAGCCUCAGGGACCCUGAAGCUGGCUGAGCCAUGGCGCUGCCACUGCAGCCCCCGGAGAGGGUUUCGUUCUGGGAGAUUCAGAGUCAUCUGUAAAGAAGCCCUCGCAGAGCCCCCUGGCAGGAAAGGGCUCAAGGGCCUGGGCCAGGCAGGCAGGCGGCCGGGCUGCAGCGAUGGACCGUGAGCUGGCCCAGCCCGCGUCCUUGCCAAGCCUGCCGGUCUCUGGCCAUGUCCACCAUGGGCUCCUCAGUAUACAUCACAGUGGAGCUGGCCAUUGCUGUCCUGGCCAUCCUGGGCAACGUGCUGGUAUGCUGGGCCGUGUGGCUCAACAGCAACCUGCAGAACGUCACCAACUAUUUCGUGGUGUCACUGGCAGUGGCCGACAUCGCGGUGGGCGUGCUUGCCAUCCCUUUUGCCAUCACCAUCAGCACCGGGUUCUGUGCUGCCUGCCACGGCUGCCUCUUCAUUGCCUGCUUCGUGCUGGUCCUCACACAGAGCUCCAUCUUCAGCCUCCUGGCCAUCGCCAUUGACCGCUACAUUGCCAUCCGCAUCCCCCUGCGGUACAAUGGCUUGGUGACCGGCACAAGGGCCAAGGGCAUCAUUGCUAUCUGCUGGGUGCUAUCGUUUGCCAUCGGCCUGACUCCCAUGCUUGGAUGGAACAACUGUGGUCAGCUGAAGGAGGGCAAAAACCAGUCGCCGGACUGUGGGGAGGGCCAGCUGGCCUGUCUCUUUGAGGACGUGGUGCCCAUGAACUACAUGGUGUAUUACAACUUCUUUGCUUGCGUCCUGGUGCCCCUGCUGCUCAUGCUGGCCGUUUACCUGCGUAUCUUCUUGGCAGCCCGGCGCCAGCUGAAGCAGAUGGAGAGCCAGCCGCUGCCCGGGGAGCGGGCUCGGUCCACACUGCAGAAGGAGGUCCAUGCUGCCAAGUCGCUGGCCAUCAUUGUGGGGCUCUUCGCCCUCUGCUGGCUGCCCCUGCACAUCAUCAACUGUUUCACCCUGUUCUGCUCCGAGUGCAGCCACGCCCCUCCCUGGCUCAUGUACCUGGCUAUCAUCCUUUCCCACACCAAUUCCGUGGUAAAUCCCUUCAUCUACGCCUACCGCAUCCGUGAAUUCCGUCACACCUUCCGCAAGAUCAUCCGCAGCCACGUCCUGAGGCAGCGAGAACCCUUCAAGGCAGCUGGCACCAGUGCCCGGGCCUUGGCGGCUCAUGGCAGCGAUGGGGAGCAGGUCAGCCUCCGCCUCAACGGCCAUCCCCCCGGGGUAUGGGCCAAUGGCAGUGCCCCGCAUGCUGAGAGGAGGCCCAAUGGCUAUGCCCUGGGGCUGGUGAGUGGAGGGAGUGCCCACAAGUCCCACAGGGACGUGGGUCUCUCCGAUGUGGAGCUCCUUAGCCAUGAGCUCAAGGGCGUGUGCCCAGAGUCCCCCAGCCUAGAGGACCCCCUGGCCCAGGAUGGAGCAGGAGUAUCCUGAUGGUCUGUGGAGUUCACCUCUUCUGAAGUAAAGGAAAUAUUUAUCUUUCUGGUUGGCUGGACCAAUCCCAUUGGGAGAAGAGAAUUAGUGUGCCAGGAGACCCUGUGGGUAGCCGGUUCCCGCUUUGGACUGAGAGGAGGGAGCCCUAGGCUGGAGCAGCAUGAGACCAGCAACAAGGGCUGGGGGGUCCAAGGAGGCAGACAUUUCAUGCUGUGAGCUCACCAGGCCCGGGCCACAGCACCAGCAGCAUCUUGGCUGGGCAGGGCCCAGUCCCCUAUUCAGAGCAUCUAGAAAUGCCACCUGGUCCCCACAGAGCAGCUGUGGCACAGCAGAAUGGACCAGCCUAAGGCUGGGGAGUGACUCCCCCAGGACCCCUGCCACAGACACGUCACCCUCCCUAGACUCCUGGGGUGGAGGAGCUGCUGGGCCCAGAGAAAAUCUAAGUGUGAGGAAACCCUUUUUAUUUUAUUAUCUUUCCUUCCCUGGCUGCUGGGUCUGUUGCCAGUCCUGCUGCUAACCCGGCAGCAAGUCUCUGCCCAGGGAGUCCCAGAGCCAUCGCUUGGGGUGACAAAGCUGGGAUCAAGAACAGAGAGCUGUAACAAAGCGAUGCCAGAGGACCGGCCCAGGGCUGGGGAGAGGUCAGGGCUGGCAGGCCGUGGGCCUGGGCGGGGUCCGCUCAGAGCCGCCCAGUUGGAGGCCCUAACUGCCUUUCCUUCUAAAGGGUAUGUGUCUUUCUGAGAUAAAAUAAAAAUGAGCCACAUUGUGUUUUAAGCUUG